AUGCUCUUUCCCAAACACCGCCGUCGACCCUCCCUCCUCCUGCUCCUUGUCCCCCUCAUCUUCUCCCUCCUAUACCUCAACCACCGCCUCGCCAACCCCCUAUCCCCGUCCCCGAUCUUCACGACAUCCCGCAACGCGACAUCCCACCUCCUCGCCCCGCGCACGCAACACUUCUGGUCCUCCCUCCACACCCUCCUCCAAAAGACAGCCCCCUCCGUCUCCGAGCCCCUCCGAUCCCUCCGCGACCCAACAGAAGAAGACCUCGACGCCUCAAAGAACGGCAACACCUCCCCGCGGCCCGACAACACCCCCCUCUCCGAGACAGACCUCGCCGCCCUGACAGCAUCCCACUCGGCCUACGUCUCCGCCCUUCGCUCCCUCGCCCCCCAACUCCCCGUCUGGAAAGGCACCUCCGGCGUCGUCAUGACCGCCGGCGGCGGCUACCUCGGCACCGCCCUCACCUCCCUCCUCCUCCUCCGCCGCUCCGGCUCCAACCUCCCCGUUCACCUCUUCCUCGACUCCCCCGCCGAAGCCCACCCCCACCUCUGCCACGCCGUCCUGCCCAAGCUCAACGCCGAGUGCGUCCUCUUCUCCUCCCUCCUCCGCCCGUCCGACGGCGUCCAGCACUACCAAUACAAGGUCCUCUCCAUCCUCCUCUCCCCCUUCGAGAAGGUCCUCUACCUCGACUCCGACGCCUGGCCCAUCUCCUCCCCCGACCGCCUCUUCACCUCCGAGCCCUUCCUCUCCCACGGCCUCAUCACCUGGCCCGACUUCUGGCUCACCACAAUUUCGCCUCACUUCCACACGAUCACCAACUCCUCCGCGCCGCCCACCCUCCGCCGCCGCAGCUCCGAGUCCGGCAUCCUCCUCUACGACAAACGCGCCCACGCGCAGAGCCUCCUCCUGGCCACCUACUACAACUGGCACGGCCCGGACGUCUACUACCCCCUCCUCUCCCAGCACGCCCCCGGCGAGGGCGACAAGGAGACCUUCGCCCAGGCCGCCCUCGCCCUGUCCCAGCCCUUCUACGACGUCCGCACCCCCGACACCGUCCUCGGCCGCUGGAUCAACGGCACCUUCGAGACCGCCGGCAUGAAGCAGGCUGACCCGGCCGCCGACUUCCGCCUGCAGGGCGGCUUCUCCGGCGCGGACCUCGACGCCGACCACGCCCGCGAGCCCCCGGCCGCGAAGAAGGCCGCACCUCUCUUCAUCCACCACAACCUCUUCAAGAUCGACCUGUUCAAGGUCGGCGGCGCCAGCGACCCCAUGUUCCGCCUCGACGAGGAGGGCAAGCCGGGCCGGCUGUGGGGGCCGGACGAGAAGCUGGUGCGGGAUAGCGGGUUCGACGUCGAGAGGGCCAUGUGGGACGUCGUGCUCAAGGCCAACUGCGGCAAGACGACGGCGGCCGCGAACGCGGCGGGCUGCGGGAAUCUCAAACGCUGGUACGAGGCCGUUUUCGUUGAGGCGCCGCCGUUGGUUGAUGGCUUGUGA